AUGGAAGCCAUAGCAGCAGCGAAACCAGUGAUCAAAGUGGCUGCUCUUUGUGGGUCUUUAAGGGAUGGCUCUUACGAUGAAGGCUUACCUUGCAUUUCACCGAUUCCUAUGCUCAACACCGAUCUCGAAGUUGAUGGGAAGUAUCCGCCUGUUGUUGAGGCUUUCAGGCAGAGGAUUUUGGUGGCUGAUAGCAUCCUCUUUGCUUCCCCUGAUUACUGCAUAGCAGUGAGGUUUGUAGCAGUUAUUUACCCCAACUGCACCUCACUGGCAUUAAAAGCCAAACCAAAGGAGUCAGGGUGUAUUAAAUUGUAA